GCCACUACGACUCUUUUGUCUUUCCAUCGGUGCUCUUCUGCCUGCCUCUGCCCAUUCAUACCUGCUCUCCUGACGGAGAAAGCCAGCUGCUCUUUUGAUAGUCGGCGCCGUGCGGAGUCUCGAUGUGCCAGUAUUUAAAUGCUGCUCCGGUUGUUAAGCCACAGCGCCUAGCAGAGUGCCUCGCUGUGGCGUGCAGUUGAGGGCUGUGUCGCUUUAAGGCAUGUGAUACUUCCCAGAGCAGGGAUGUAUUGAAAUAGGCUACGGUACUUACAGCAUCAUAUAGCAGUGUACGUACAGCUGCCUUACUCUGCACUGCUCGUGCUGGAGUGAGGCUGCUCUGUGAUUAAACAUACACUGAGCCUCAUCCUUAAGUAUACUGGAAGCUGCAAAUUAUCUCAAGAUCACUUUAGAGAUCUCAUCAAGCAGAAGGUGCUGCUAGGAGAUGAUUUAAAGGUGAAAAUGAGAAGGUUUCCACCCCUCAAACCUUGGCCACUUUUCUGACGGCAGAGUCUGAGAGUUCAGAUGUCUUUUCUACUCUGGGAAUAGGAUUUGUAACGAAAAAGGUUUUUGUUUUUUGUUUUUUUAAUCCUGAUAAAGAAGAUUAUUGGGAAGCUAUUAAAAAUCCUUUAUUGUGGUACAGAUGGAUUUAAAGAAGUGUUAGAUCUUUCCAAUGAACACUAAUAGAGUGCUCUCCUCUUGGUUGGAUUAUUCAGAGAAUGGCAGUGGUCUCUGCAAUGUCCUGGGUCCUGUAUUUGUGGAUAAGUGCCUGUGCAAUGCUGCUCUGUCAGGGGUCCCUCCAUCACACUUUCCAGCAGCAUCACCUGCACAGACCAGAAGGAGGAACGUGUGAAGUUAUAGCAGCACACAGAUGCUGUAAUAAGAAUCGAAUUGAGGAAAGAUCACAAACAGUAAAGUGUUCCUGUCUACCUGGGAAAGUGGCUGGGACUACAAGAAACAGACCUUCCUGUGUUGAUGCUUCAAUAGUGAUUGGGAAAUGGUGGUGCGAGAUGGAGCCCUGCCUAGAGGGAGAGGAAUGUAAGACGUUGCCUGAUAAUUCUGGAUGGAUGUGUGCAACUGGCAAUAAAAUCAAGACCACCAGAAUCCACCCAAGAACCUAACAGAGCGCCACCCGCAUGGAUACAGCGAGAGCCUGACUGGCGCACGAGGACAUGGUAUUGAAAGCUUAAAAGCGUCGCACCACUUCCAAGCCAAAUGGAUUUAUUUGCACUUUGACUGUUCACUAGAUAACAGUGGCUUUACUGCGUGAAAAGAGUAUUCUGAGGAAAUAACGCCCCUGAUUUUUGACACCCGAAAAGCAAAGAAAACAAUGCUUUGGUAAAGAUUAUGAAGUACAAAACAGCAGUAUUAUAAGUUUGGAUCUACAGUUUAUACCAUUUAAAGUAUAUAUAUUAAUAUAUAUUAAUAUAUGAUAUUUUGAAAUAAAAGUCUCACUCUUCAAGAAAUUGAAUAAUACCACAUUUUGCUGCAGCUGCUGUAACUUUUUUUUUUUUUUUGUAACCGUCUGGAAGAUCCCUACCUGUUUCAGCAAAAAAUCAGGCAGUGAAGAGGCAAAGCAAACCCACUGCAGUACAAGGACGCCGAGAGCUAUGUGAAUCAUACCGCUGCGGCAUCCCGAGCUUCCCAUCCCCUUCGGCAGAGUAUCGAGGGCAUUUUGUUGUUCCAGUUUCUCGUGUCCUGGAGGCUUUUCCCCCUUGUGCAAUACUAGCAUGCUGGCUUUGCUUACAUAACCAUACUUGAUAUUUAACAGUGAUAAUUCUAUCCUCUUCCAAGAAAAUAUUUUUAGAGCUAUGAGAUAUUCCACAAAGAAGAGAAGGACAACUACUGAGUGAAGUACAGUAUGUAUUAAAAGUUUAUUUGGCAGAGUUUGGUAGACUCUGAGCUCCCUUCUUAUUAAAGAUGUACUGUACAUACAAUGUCUUCAGACUCUGUAUAGCUGGUAGAGACUAUAGUAAAAACCCAGAAACGAACUCCAAAGCUUUGCGUUGUUCGCUGACUAAUUCUUUGAAACAACAACAAAGCUUCUUUUUCGUACCAACACACGAGAGGGGUUUUACAUACAGUUUGAUUUUCGGUUUUUUAUGAGCCUAUUUGCAAUUGUUGAGCAAGCAUUUAAGUUCAAUCAAAUGCCUGUAUGGACAGCAUGGGCACGUGCGCAAGGUGCUAUGGCCGGCGCAUGCUGUGGGCACGCAGAUGCCUGCCCACGCGCAUGCCUAUGACAACCACCUACCUUUAACCUUCCCAUGGUGCAGGCCAGGCCAAGUCACACACCAAGCACCUGCCACCUGCUAAAAGCAUGCACGUGGACACCUCCAUGGUGCAGCAAACGCACAAGUCUGUGGUCAAUGAGUUGUGCCCGAGCCCUGCUUUUAUUUCUACAGUCGUUUCUUCUGGUUUAGUUUCAAUGGUUCUUACAAGGGGGAAUUCAGCUCAGAUAAGAUAUUCUUCAGCUAGGAUGUGUCCCAGGGACAUGUGGCCACUACCCACGAGCGCUUUGCUUUGCCAGCUCCAGUUAAGCGAGUGCUGCUUACCGUGCAGCUGGGCCUUGCACUGCUGAGGAAAGGCCGAAUACAAGGGCUCAAGCGUGCAAACCUAGUCCCUAUUCCCAAGCACUUUGAGUGGUCCCAUUAAUUUUGGUGUGUUUACUUGCUCAGUAUCUUGCUGUCAUGCAUACAAGUCUGCUCAAUUUAGCCUUCAGAAUGCCUAAUGCUACCAAAUCAGAAAGGAGGAGAGAAGUGUAAAACUUAUUUUAUCCAGUCCAACUUCACUUCUUUAGUAUUUCCAAUUUCCUUUCACCCUACUUAGCUGUCUCUCAUAGGACCCCUUUGGCCAUGCUAAUCAGCUUUAAUCCAGUGCAGACUAAGUGCUGCACUUGCCAACCCAGAAUCAGUCAAAAUUCUUCCACUAACUUUCUUUCUCCUUCAGGGCAACCACUUCAACACCUGAUGUUUCAAGAGGUAGAAAUUUGUCACUGUAAUUACAUUGUAUAUUACAGCAGCUACAUGACAUGUCACACCACAUUCCAUGUCACACCAUUUAUGCUGGUCCCUGCCCGAUGCUCACAGUUAAAAUGGACAUGCUGCUUCCAGGAAGUAGUGCUGUUAUUUCCCCUUUUAACAAGGCAUGAGACUGAAAGGUGUCUGGGAGAAAGUUUCUCCUCUGUGCACAGAAAGGCUAAAAGAGGAACACGAGUCCUGCCACCAGUUGCAGGUCCUGCUGCUUGGAGAUCGGCCCCACUGGUGGAGCCUGGGACAACUGUGCCAAGAGCAUAGGCCAGCCGGAUGGGUCAUGUGUUUGCUGGUCUGCAGCAGGCACCAGCCCAGACUACAGAAGGCAUCUGGACCCUAGGCUGCAUUUGAGAGGUGGUAGGCCACAGGCACAUGCCCCUAGCCCCAUCUUCUGUUUGGAGAGUGCUGCUGAUUCAUGCCUUCCCAGAACGAGCUCAUCAGAUCAGCUCCAGGCUCACUCACCGCCAAUGAGGAGAAAUUCCUCCCAAGUAAAUCCCUUGUGUUUCUCAUUUUUACAGAAACUAGCACUUCAAAAACUUCAUGACCCUCUUGAGCUAGGAAGCCUCUAAUAAACUAAAAGGUGGGCCCUGCUGCCAGGAGAUGAGGUUAUUAAAAGGCAGGAAGCAUUAUCAUCCCUUUACCAGUGGGAACUGAGGCACACAGAGCUGAGUGGCCACUCAAAAUCACAUCAGAGGCCAUGGAGAAAGCAAAGAUUGAGCUCCAGUUUCCUUAUUCCCAUCUGGUGAUGUUCUGCAAGGUGCCUCACACACAGACUGAUGCGUGGCCUUUUGCACACUUUGUUGAAGCCCAAGGUGUCAUGAAUAGGAGCUAUUUACGCCAUAGCUGUAUGUCUGACAUGGCUCAAACCAAGUACAUAACAACGGUUAUGCCCAUGUCUAUGAAAUGGGCCUAUUGAGAUGGGAAAAUAUUUAAACUUGCUAAAAUAUAAGGAGGAGGAAGCGUCAUUACUGCAGCAAAGUUUUAGAGAGGUUUAUGAAUUUUUUGUUGCCAGUAGGCAGUCUCAAAUAUCAUGGCACCAAAUUCAGUAAACAUCUGCGUCUCUUUGAAGUUAUUGCAAAAUCUGCUCACGAAGUGCGGCACUGAGAAAUUGCUGUUUUAAUUAAAAUGUUUUAGAGGGGAAUUAAGGCCUUUGCAAAAAUAAUGACUAAUAAAAUGUGAAGUCAAAUUAAGAACCUGACGCAACUAACCUUCCUUGUUUCAGUGCACCAGAUUGAAAACAAUAAUAAAAACAUUCAACCAGCCUGAAGUCACAAUGAUCAUGUAUUUCAGUGAUGUGCACAGUAAUACACUGUAUACAGAAAAGAUCUCAGAGUUGUUUUUUCACUUCAGCUGAUGAAAUACCAAUGUGUUUCAGUGGUGAAUUGAAUGGGUCCCACAUCCUCAUGAGUGCAAGUUAAGCUGUUCUUUGCACAACAAAAAAAAGAGUAUUUACAUCAACAUAAGAAGAAGUUCAAGUUUCAGCUUCCUGCCAGAAGUCCAAAGGAAUAGCAGGGGAGGGAAAAAAAAGGAAAAAAAAAUCAAAUAUUUGUAAACGCUUCAAAAAUAAGCUUAGAUUUAUGUCCAUGUUUCUUCUUCAGAUGUGUGAAACGAAGUUAUGUAAAUCUAAAAUGUACAAGUUGGAAAAAAAUGAGACUACAGUAGCUACCACCUGCCUAUUGAUUCAGAAAAUCCAGAUUAUGUGCUUCUGUCCAAAAAUCUCUAGUAAUAAAGAGUUCAGUGUGAUA